AUGGCCAUCCCGCGCGGCGCGCUCCUUAUUUCGAUUGUCUGCCUCUUUGGAGCCGCCGCUACUACCACUGCUGCAGGUCCAUCCAUUUCAUCGGGAACCGUCGGGCCGCGUCGUAACCUUACAGAACUUCGCGGGUCUCGUCGGGCCUUUGAGCACAUCAUACCCCUUUCCAAGCCCGUGGCUGCACCCCUCGUCGCAGCGGCAGCAGCCAAGCUCAAAGCAGUCCUUCUAGAAGCUGCCACGAUAGCAAGUUUCGUUUCUCAGCUUCCUGGCGGACACUUCUCCAAGGGGGCUUCUAAGGUUUGCGAGGAUUUCGGCGCGCUGCCCGCGUGCGAUUUCUAUUUUGACGUGUUGGGUCCUCUCGGUCUGCCCUCUCUUCGUCUCCCUUUCGUCUCUCAACUGGUGCUGCUGGAUUCCCAGCGCAACGGGGACCGUCCUGUGAGCCUGAAUAUCGCCACCAGCGUUUCGCCCAGCGUCCACGAUAUUGGCGAGGACAAAAGGAAGGCCUACGUUUACCAGGUGGAGGUGGAUGCGACAGGGAAGGCGGAGUACUGCAAGUGCAAGGCAGCAGAGCUGGCAAAGAACGUGGGACAAGCUGGUGAUCAAUUCUAUGCAACUGGAGAGGGCCCUGCCAACUGGCCUGAGAACCCGUUUUCGUUUGACUGGGACUGCAUGCCGAGGAGGCUUCGUGCUGAUAUUAAAGCUCGCGAGGAGGAGAUGCAAAGAAAGACGAUGUUCACGGUGUGUGAAGGGAGGGACGUCCCUGGCUCCUACAAUGGGGACAUUCUGGUCUUUCCUGAAAUGCUGAUUUACAAGUCGCUGACUCGUUUCGAUGUUGAGUGCUUCGUGGAUGAGGCUCUCGUGCAGGAGCAGCCUCGCUUGCUCUGGCCGGAACCUCUUACCGGGUGCCAUAUCUUCGUGUGCUGCCACGUCACCCGCGACUCACUCUGCGGUGCGAUCGGCCCUCAAGUCGUGGCGAAAUUCCGCGAGGAAAUUGAACGGCGAGGAUUGAUCGACGUGCACGUCUGGCCGUGCUGUCAUCUGUCGCGGAAUGUCUCGAUGGAUGCGUGUGUUGGAAACGUGUCUGUAUUCAAACGGAGCAAGCCGUCAUGCAAUAACUGUGGAAGGAGGAGGUCCGAGGAUCGAUUCCUGUCUGGCGCGAGAAGGCAGCAACUUCCUCCGGAAGCCCUCGCUGCAUUGGUAGCAGCUGCUUCUGCCGGGGGGCAAUCUGGAGAGGUUCGGGGUGACUGGUACGGCCAAGUCAUGCCUGAUGACGUGGCAGACGUCAUGGAGCUCCACGUCAUGGGUGAUUCCGUGGUGGAGCGCCUUUGGCGGGGGAGAAUGGGGCUCUGGCCGCAGCAGCAGGUGGAGGAGCAGGCUGAUCGUCUCGGUUCAAUGCGGUGUGUUUCCGCCGACCCUGAAGCCUCGUCCGAACGUACUCCCGGCUCGGCUUCCGGUUCGGCUCUUUCCGACGCUGGUUCAGAAGUCUGCUCCUGCGCUCCCGCCGCAGUCACGCGGUCUUUCUCAGCUCAGUACAUCACUCCUCAAACUUCUCGCUCUAGCAGCGAGGCGUCGAAAGGAUCCAAUAACAGCCCUUGCGAGUACGCCAAGUGCGGCGCGGGUGGCGUGGCUCAUAGCCCGUCUUCCACGCUGGACCCCGUUAAUCGGCUUCGCUCGGCGAGCUUCCACAGCUGCUCGUCGGCCUCCUAUUCGUCGACAUCAAUCGCGUCCGCCGAUCCCGCCGUUAGCGACGUUCGCGGCGAGGUCAGCGGCGGCGCGUCUCUUAAAACGGACUCGUCUCUCUCGUGCGUCUCCGCGUCCCCCGGUUCUUCGUCGCGGUGGGAUAGUUACCUCUGCGGCUCGCCUUCACUGCGAUUCGGUUCUGCUUCUGAGAGUUCCGCCUCUCGCCCAGUGAAGCAGGGGCAGUUGCCGAAACAGCCCAGCUGUAAUCGGGUAACCAGUUUCAACCAAAACUUUGCAAAGCAAGAGGCGGAAACCGUUUCGGCUGGGUGGGUUAGCUGGCAGGGGGAGUCGUCUCUCGUGUCGGGGCGUGGUGCCAUUGCUGCCGCUGCUGUCGCCGCGGUGGCAGUGGCUGGUGUGUUUGCAGUGGUGUACCUUUGCAGGAAGAGAGAUUGA